GAAGUGCUAUAAAAGCUCUUGGGAACUAAUGUCCCAUCAACGUAUUCACUCUGAUGAGAAACCGUUCAGGUGCUCUCAGUGUGGAAUAGGGUUCAAGCGAUCAUCUCAACUCACUGUACACCAGCGAGUUCACACCGACAAGAGACCGUUUAAAUGUCCAGACUGUGGGAAGUGCUACAAAAGUUCUGCAGAACUGAUGUCCCAUCAACGCGUUCACACUGACGAGAGACCCUUCAGAUGCUCUCACUGUAGAACUGGCUUCAAGCACUCGUCUCAACUCACUGUCCACCAACGAAUUCACACUGGGGAGAGACCUUUUAAGUGUCCCGACUGUGGGAAGUGUUUCAACAGGGCUGAUGGACUGACAUCCCAUCGACGUGUUCACACUGACGAGAGGCCAUUCAGAUGCUCUGACUGUGGGACUGGGUUCAAGCGUUCAUCUCAACUCAUUAUCCACCAGCGAAUUCACACUGGGGAGAAACCAUUCACCUGUUCCGAGUGUGGGAAAGGAUUCACCCGGUCAUCGCACCUGCUAACUCACCAGCGAGUUCACACUGGGGAGAGGCCUUUCUCCUGCUCAGUGUGUGGGAAGACAUUCACUCAGUCGUGCCACCUGCUGACACACCAGCGGGUUCACACUGAUGAGAGACCAUUCAUCUGUACCUAUUGUGGAAAGAGUUUCAGGCAUUCAGGCAGUGUCAAUGAACACCAGCGAAUCCAUACUGGGGAGAGGCCAUUUCUCUGCUCCAAAUGUGGGAAGGGAUUCACUCAGUUAUCUCACUUGCUGACACACCAGCGGGUUCACACUGAUGACAGACCCUUCGUCUGCCCUCGCUGUGGAAGGAGUUUCAGGCAUUCCGGUAGCCUCAUUUCACACCAGCGAGUUCACACCGGGGAGCAGCCAUUCACCUGCUCUAUGUGUGGAAAAGGAUUCACACAGUCAGCAAACCUGGCGAUCCACCAGCAAGUUCACAAGUGACCACGGGUUGGAUUCUCCUGUCACUACAGCUGUUAGUCGCAUCCCGGACUGACCCAUAUUAUUUCUGAUAUUUGCAGUUUGUGUCUGCUGAUGAUGUUAAUGGUCCCUAUCACAGGCUGGUGUUUAAUAUUCUGGAUCUAUAGCUGUUUUCCUCGGGCUGCAGUUUCCUUUUUGAGAACUGCUGUCUGUCUUCUAUCCCCUUAGUUCAAGAAAUCUCGUCAACAUAUAGAUUAGAAUAAUAUUCCAUUCCAAAUCUCGACAAUUUAAUGUCUGCAAGGUGCCGUUGAUUAAAACCUUCAGUGAGAAAGUGCAGAUGAAUAUUUGUUGACAAUUCUUAGUGUUUCACACACUGGCCCCUCCAUCAUCCACCAGAAAAAAGGGACGUAGGAAUUGGGUGAGAAUCAAGAGUCUCCAAAUAUUACCUUUCAGCCUGGUACAGAUGUCCAGUCAGUUCAGGAAUGGAGACAAGUGCAAUCUACUUAGUCUGUCACUGAAGAGUGACCUUUUAAAUGUCCUAACUGAAGAAUGUGCUUUACAAGUACUGGGGAACUAAUGACCCAUCAAUGUAUUCACACCGAUGAGAGACCAUUUUAGAUGCUCUGAUUUCGGGACUGGGUUUAGGCGGUCAUCCAAACUCACUGUACACCAGCGAGUACAAGGAGGAGAGACCAGUCGUAUGCUUUUGAGUGUGGGAAAGGAUUCACUCAGUCGUCCCAGUUGCUGACACAUAAGUGGUUCACAGUGGAGAGAGACUGUAGACAUGCUCUGAGUGUGGGAAGGGUUUCAAUUGAUCAUCACAUCUGCUGAGGCACCAGGGAGAUCGCAAAUACUUCUAUUUUUUUUCUUUAUUCAUUCACGGGAUGAGGGCAUCGCUGGCCAGGCAGCAUUUGUUGCCCAUCCCUAAUUGUCCAGAGGGCAGUUUAGAGUCAAC